CCGCCCCCGCGCGGCCGCUCUCGCUCCGCGCCGUUCGCUCUCGCGAGAGCCGUGCCGGGAGGCGGCCGAGCCGGCGCUGAGGGCCCGCCCGCCAUGGAGGCCCCGCGGGCGCUGCCGCUGCUCCCGCUGCUGCUGCUGCUGCUCCUGGGGCUCUGCGCCGCCGACAGCUCUCACACCGGGCCCGGCGGCUCGGAGGGAGCCGGAGCGGCUGGCAGCCACGAGCACACGGCAAACGGAAACGAGCAGAGCAACGAGGGAAAGCUCAGCAGUGGUGACACGCAAACAAACCCGAGCAGCGCGGAUGAGAACACGGCAAACAGCCAGCAGGACAGCAGCCUGACUGAAAAGGGCACCGAGGAGGAGAAGGAGAAACAGUCCCAGAAAGGCUCAGAGGCUGCUCAGCAUGGCCAAGGUGCCAAUGGCAGUGCUGGAAGCGGCGGGGCAGCAGGGCAGCAAGGAGCUGUGAGCCAGGGCAGCAACGGUGGUGACACAGGCAAUGGUGGGCAGGAGGGCACAGCGGGCAGCUCCGCUGGCCAGGGCAAUGCCAACAGUGCCAGCGGUGGCCAGGGCAACACCAACAGUGCCAGUGAUGGCCAGGGCAAUGCCAACAGUGCCAGUAAUGGCCAGGGCAGCACCAACGGUGUCAAUAAUGGCCAGGGCAGCACCAACGGUGGCACUGGUGUCCAGAGCAGCACCAACAGUGGCACCGAUAGCCAGAGCAACCCAAGCAGUGGCACUGUUAGCCAGGGCAGCACCAACAGCGUCAGUAAUGGCCAGGGCAAUGCCAACAGUGCCAGUGAUGGCCAGAGCAACGCAGGGACCAGCACUGGAGGCACGAGCAGCACAGGCAGUGGCACUGGUAGCCAGGGCAACACAGGGACCAGCAUUAAUGGCGAAAGUGGCAGCCAGAACAACAACAACAAUGGGCAGAACGGUGUCAGCCAGAACAGCCAGGGUGGCAGCCAGGCAGGGGACAAUGACAACAGGGGCAGCAAGGAGGGCAAGGAGAGCAGUGGCAAGGGUAGCAAUGGCAAGGACGAGAACAAAAAUGGCAGCACCAACCAGAACAGCAACAACCAGAACAGCAACAACCAGGACGACAGCAAGAAGGAGCAGGGCACCAAUCAGGGCAGUGAUGGCAAGGACAAGAACACAAGUGGCAGCACCAACCAGAACAUCAACGACCAGAACAUCAACACCCAGGACCAGAGCAACACGCAGGGUGGCAGCAGCCAGGGCAAUGGUGACAGGAACCAGGCUGGCAACGGGGCCAGCAGCCAGGGCGGGCAGCAGGCCCAGGCUGAGAGCCAGGGCAGCGCUGCUGAGGAGCAGCCUCAGGGCCAGGAUGGCGCGCAGCAGCCCCAGGAGGAGCAGGGCCCUGUGUCACAGCCAGCUCCCUCCCCCGGGGAGGGUGACAGCUCCUUGGAAAACGAAGAGAGCGCCGCGGAGGAGGUGGCCAAGGCCGAGGAGGGCAGUGACACCUCCCUGGACCUGCACAGGGACCAGAGUGUCCCCUCCCUGCCCAGGGCCCGCUCGGAGAGCAGCCACUUCUUUGCCUACCUGGUGAGCACGGCUGUGAUUGUGGCUGCCCUGUACGUGGCCUACCACAACAAGCGCAAGAUCAUUGCUUUUGCUCUGGAAGGAAAAAGAUCAAAAACUGGUCGACGGCCCAAAUCUGGUGAUUAUCAGAGACUGGAUCAGAAGAUCUAGAUUCCUCCUCAGAUGCUGGCGGGGAUGCAGUGCUGCCACAGCUGGAUUCCAGUCCACGGGAAGGAGGGGAAACGCUUUUUGUUUUGCACCUGCACCUUGAUAAAACCUCUCACUUCCCUAAAUCGCUCCUUUCCCAGCUGCCUUGUUUUCCCCCUGGGUGUCUGGCUGCUGGAAAAGCCAGACCCUGAACUUGUGUGUCCCAAUGCAAUGGAAUUUGCCAUCUGCUGGACUGACCCCUCCUUCUGGGGGGGGAAAUUAAGGAUCUGCUGCACAAUGAGCCAUGGGACUGUCCCUUGCCUGGGAGCAAAGCUGCCUUGCUCUCCUCCUGCCCCUUCUCCAGCUCCUGGGUUUGGAUGCUCAGGUUGGGAGCAUCUGAGUUCUCCUGUGCUCCUUUGGAACUGACCCAGCACAGGCUCAGAUUUGGGUUUUCUCUCCCUGAUCAGCUCUCACACCCAGAUUCCCUUUUCCACACACCCCUUUGGCCGUGCUGGAGCAGUUUUUGUAGCUCUGAUUCCUGCUCCAUGCAGCUCUCUUCCCUCCCAGUGCUCCCAGUUCAGCUGUUGCACUGGGGGUGUUGGUUGUGGAGGGGGUCAGGCUGAGGGGGCUCCAUGCCCUGGUGGGUCAGGGAUUCAGGUGGGAACAUUGCUUCCUGCCCUUGUCAGGUGUGGGAAGGAAGGAAUGUAAAUCCCUGAGGAGUUUGGGAUGAGGGAAGCUCCCAGUCCCUCCAGUUUGGGCUGGCACUGGGCAGCCCAAGGAUUGGUGCCCCACUUACACCUCUGAGGUGAUUUUCAUUCCUGCACUUCUACUCCCCAGAGGUUUCUGGAGGGGGCACAAAGUACCUGCUUGGCUCCUGCUUUGGGUUUUUCCAGGGGAAAAAAAACGAUUUGAGGAGCCCAGAGCUGCUCAGGUGGGCACCCAGCUGUGCCACAUCAGGUGCCAGGCGUGUGCCAGUCCCACACUUGCUGACUGACUGCACGGGGAGAGUCCCAGAAUGGUUCAAUUCCCUCCUGGGGGGCUUUUUUCUGGCCGUGCCAGGCUGGGGAGCAAUCAGCUCCUUGCCCUGUGGUCACCUUGCACAAGGGCAGGGCUGUUUGCUGGUCACUGUGAAAGCUGCAGCUCUACUUUUGAUUUCCUAACGCUUCAUUCCAAGAGGGGAGGGAGGGCUUGGCCUUCUCCAAACCCUAAAACCAUCCUUUCCCUUUUUGCUGGCUCUUGGCAAGCUUGAGAGUCCCCGUUGGCUUUAAAGAGCUCUCAGGGUUUCCCUAGGAAUGCUAGGAUGCUAAAAGGACUUCCAGGAGUUGUUUGGAGAGCAGGAGGGUGGAGGGAAAGGGAAACAGGGCUGGGAAUGCAGCUCUGGGGAAAAAGGCUGGGAAGCUCCUGCCCCAAAACAGCCUCCUGAGGGGUCAGCCAGGCCUGGGGAGGGCACAGUGGCUUUUGGACACAGCAGGGAGAAAACCCUGCUGCAGUGUCUGGGGUUCCUGGCCUGCUCUGGCCAGGGUUUUUUUGGAGUGUGUGCUCUUUUUGGAGUGUGAGUGCUCUGCGCUUGCUUUGUCCUGGUUUGUGGUUUUUUUUAAACUGAUUAAUAAUUUAGAAAGGCUUUCUAUUUUUUCUCAGCAUCUGCUUCCUUUUCUAUCCUGGGAGCUGUUUCAACCCCUCUCUUGCCCCAGGCUGUGGGAAUGGAAUUUUGGACCUCAAGCACCUGGAUCCCAGGCUGAGCCAAGCAUUCCUGAGUGGGUCUGGGGAGAGGCACCUCUCACACCAGGCUGAAUUGAGGGCUUUUCCCCCAAAAUCCCCCCACCAGCACUUCCCAAGGGUGAUGUGCCAACAGUCUGGGCUGCCCCAAACCUCUGGGGUUUGCUCCCAGUGUGUUGAGUGUUGUGGUGGUUGUGCAACGUGUCCCAAAGGAUCAAGGUGCACAGAACCUUUUCCCUUUGGACACACGUGCUUCCCACGGAUGCUGUCUGUUGGUACAGAGGGUUUUUUUGCCAAAUAUUCCUACUUUCUAGGCUUGAACCAGCACGUGAUUUGUUUUCUGCUGCAGUGCAAUGCACCUUGCUUGGAAGGAUCAGAAUUUUUUACAGUUCUUUGUACUGUUCUUUUUUAUUUUCUGUGUGGUGAAAUCAGCAAAUGGAUUAAAAAACACCCAAAAGGUUGAGUUUUCACUUC